UUGGGGCAGCAAGCCUGCAGUGUGAUAUUAAAGUGAUUAUGAGUGUCAAAUGAAUGUCUUCAAAAGCUGCUGUUUUCUCACAAAAAUACAAAAUUGCAAGCAUUUGUAUUUGAAAUUUCAAGCUAUGAAGAUGACAGGAACAGACAAUGUAGAUGUGGAAUGCGGUGAAAAUAAGGUUGAAGGAGAAGAUAGUUGGAGGACAGUUGAGUGUUUAAGAGGAAGAUUGUUUGCUGAGAGAAUGGCUUCCAAAAAUGCUAGGGAGGAGGCACACCAAUUGGGGAUUAUGCUGGUGGAAAUGGAAGGGCUGUUAGAGCAAGAGGAGAAAUGGAGAAACAAAGCUGAGAAGAAGCUGAAAUUGCUGAUGAAGAAGCUUGAAAUUGUGGGUAAAUCAUGGAGUGUGAGUGAGAGUGACUCCUCAUUCAGGGGAUCAGUGGAGGAGGAUCCUUAUUCUUCAUCUUCAAAAACGGAAUCAGCAUCCGGUGCUGGUGCUGGUGUUGGUGCUGGUGUUGAAGAAGGCGUGGAUAAUUCGAUGGCAAUAGUUCGGGUGGAAAAUGAGAGGGAGAGGAGCGUGAAACAAGUGUUGGAAUCAUUGAGGCGUGCUAAAGAGCAGCUUCAGAGCUCAAUAGAGAGAAGGCGCAUGGGCAUUAGCAUGAUUAAAGUUGGGUAGAUAAAUAUCACACUUCAAUCACCAUUAUCAACAACUUUAUUCAUAUAAUAAUAUCUUUCCAUAUUCUU